AUAAUCGUUACGAUAGAUAGACGAGAAGGGACGGUACCGGUCGUAUUCACCGCGCCCAAGGAAAGAUAGUGGCGAAAAAUUCAGUGAUAAUUGGAAUAUUAGUGUACAAAUUGUGCGUGUUAUGCGUUAUUAUCUAUGAGACCUUAAAAAACAAAUUCUACAUGAAUAUUAGGAGUGGACAAUAUAUUUUCUAUGCAUGUAAACCGAUGUGGUUGUGAUUUUCCGAGCAUUAUUGGAUAGUUAUAUAGGUGAUUGGCGUAGGACGGUGUAGAACUUUGGAAAGAGGAAUAAACUUGUUUAGUGUCAAACAGUAUGAACGAAUUGGAUUCUCUUAGGCAAGAAGCUGAAACUCUUAAAAAUGCAAUCAGAGAUGCCCGCAAAGCGGCUUGUGACACAUCACUGGUGCAGGCAACUGCCAGUCUUGAACCAAUUGGUCGGGUGCAGAUGCGAACUAGGCGCACUCUCAGAGGCCAUUUGGCAAAGAUUUAUGCUAUGCAUUGGGGUUCAGACUCGAGAAAUCUUGUUUCCGCAUCACAGGAUGGUAAACUUAUUGUAUGGGACAGUCACACCACAAAUAAGGUACAUGCAAUCCCCCUUAGAUCAUCAUGGGUGAUGACUUGUGCUUAUGCACCAUCUGGCAACUUUGUUGCUUGUGGUGGUUUAGAUAAUAUAUGCUCUAUCUAUAGCCUAAAGACUAGAGAAGGCAAUGUGCGAGUAAGCCGAGAAUUGCCUGGCCAUACAGGUUAUCUUUCUUGCUGCCGUUUCUUAGAUGAUAACCAGAUAGUUACUAGCUCGGGAGAUAUGUCUUGCGCGCUUUGGGAUAUUGAAACUGGGCAACAAGUCACUUCAUUCUUAGGACAUACGGGGGAUGUUAUGUCUCUAUCUUUGUCUCCAGAUAUGCGCACAUUUGUAUCAGGGGCAUGUGACGCUUCAGCAAAACUUUGGGAUAUUCGAGAAGGUCUUUGCAAACAGACAUUUCCAGGCCACGAAUCCGACAUCAACGCCGUUACGUUUUUCCCCAAUGGUUUCGCCUUUGCUACUGGGAGCGAUGAUGCUACAUGCAGAUUGUUCGACAUUAGAGCAGACCAAGAAUUGGCCAUGUAUAGCCAUGAUAACAUUAUUUGUGGUAUUACUAGCGUCGCAUUUAGCAAAUCUGGAAGAUUAUUGCUUGCUGGAUAUGACGAUUUCAAUUGUAAUGUAUGGGACUCUAUGAAAACAGAAAGAGCAGGAAUAUUAGCUGGUCAUGAUAAUCGCGUUAGUUGUUUAGGAGUAACAGAUAAUGGAAUGGCAGUGGGGACAGGUUCUUGGGACAGUUUCCUACGCAUUUGGAAUUAGAGAGUGAUGCCAAAAAAACAUCAAAUUUCUCACCUGCAUCACAAUAUACGUUAAAUUGCAUUUAUUCAGAUCGAAACUUUUUUUAUUUUAAGUGUACUAUAUAUAUAGUUCUAUUUUUUCAAUAUCAAUUGCAUUUUUAUUAUCUUAUUUCCGUUAAUAGCAUAAAUGUGUCUAGCUUUGUGAUUGUAUUUCUUUAGUUGAUAAGUUGUUAUUUUCCGUGAAAUUUUUGCAAGUUUAGGCGCUAGCCCAUGUAUGUUGUGUAUAGUAUUUAAUAUCGUUUAAGUUAAUCAGUAUUUUUUCUGUUACUUGUUGAUGUAGGUGAGAAAUGGAAGAUAUUGGUUGUUUGGUAUAGUGUACCAUUUUUCAUUUUGGUUAGUUCCAAGUACAAAAAUAUGACCAAGCUAGUUAAAAAGUACCGUACUUUAUCCUGAACUGUUUUUAUACAGUUGAGCCAGUUUCUCGGUCACUCUUUCUCCAAAAAAGGCCAGCUGCGUAAAAACUUCCUUUGAUGAAGAACAAAAAAGUAAAACAAAUCUGCUUUAGAACAAAACGGAUGGCAGAUUCAACACAAAACUAGUCCUACAAAUUUUAACCAAAUGUUGAAAGUGUGCCAUAAUCUCAACGUCACAAAUAAAUGUGAAGACCAAUAAUCGUCGAGUAGAUUGUGGCGUGGUUCCUUUGUUGAACAACAGGCAGAUUAUGAAUCAAAUAGUUUGAGAUACUGCCUAUAAAUUUUUUGGAAAGAACAGUGUUCCAUUUUGCUAUACUUUUUUUAUUUACCUCAGUGUUUUUUCUAUGACAUCGCAAUUCUGUACAUAUAUGUUCCUCUGAUGAUGUUUUUGUCUUGUUUCUUAGGAAUCUUAAGAUUUUAUCAUCCCCCACGUGACUAUAUAGCUUCAGCUUGAAUGUAAGUGGUAUGAACAUUUUUUUAAAGCUACAUUUCACUUGAUUUUUUUUUAAAUUUUGAUUGCACAAGUAUAUAUAAUAUGGUAUAUCUCCCGUGAUAUUUUUAACGUCUUUUUAUAAAAUUUCAUACCGUAUCGCGGGGCAUAUUGCCUUUAAAACUAAAUGUAUAAUUAUUUUAAAUUAUUUAUUCGAGUAUGUAAGUGAGAGCAUGAGAACAAGUAAUUGUAUGAUUGAACGACUACUGAGUAGGGUUUAAUAAGAUCUGCUUUAAAAUCACAAAUACUUUAUGCAACAGACAACAAUUUAUUUUAUAAUACUUGGAUAUAUCACAAAUUCAAAAGAAUAAUGAUAUAAACAAUACUUUUUUGUUUCGGUGAUAGAAAACGUCACCAUUCUAGAAUUUGUUCUGUGGUUUAGUGAACACAAAUCUUUUUGAACGAAUGAAUCUUUCUACUGUAUAUCUUGAUUAUAUGAAUGGGUGAUUCUCACUUAUCAGUUCCAUUAAAAAAGCUUUUCUCUUUAGAAUAUUCUCCAUCUACCUCUCUUGAGGAUUAGCAUUAUAAAAAAAUUCUCCCUAUCUACCUUCAUGAAAUGCAUAAUGUUGGGAUUAUGGAUUAAGUAACUGUGUAUCUAUGAAAAAUAAUUAAAUACGUUAAUAAUAGAAAAAUCAUUUUAUUUCUAUCAAAGCUUCUGAGGUAUGUCCUUACAAUGUUAAGAAUCGGAGAUAAAUAACUACUUACAAUUAUUGUACUAUGGUUGUCCCUUAACUUAUAUAUUUCUUAUAUAUAUAGUACUAAAAUAUAUUCGUUCACAAGGUUAAAACUGUGUUUAAAAUGGGAAACUUCACUUCCAAAAUUAUUUUAAGUUUAAAAAUGUGAAAGUAUAAUAUCUUAAAAGAGAGGAUUUUUUAAAAGAGAGAAAGGAUUUUUGCACUCAAUAUUCCCAUACAUAAUAAAGGAAGUUUAAAAAUUAACGCAAGAUUUGAAUUAAAUAUAAAACAGUUAUUAUUUUUUAGAUUGUACAUGUUAUAGUACAUCAUCAAAUGACCUUUACUUUUCUGCCACAUACGCACGCAUUUAUCGAUAUUUUUCCUGAGCUUCCUGCAUAAUUAUGACUGAAUUUCAUUAAUACAGCAUUUAUUCACUCAUGUAUUGCACAGAUAGUUGUGGGCUUGUUGUCAACAUAAACCUUCACGUUCAAAUAAUUAAAUUUUGAUUAAGAAUUGUAUCGUGGUAUCGAUAGGCCAGUAUUGAUUGCUCCUUGACUUCUUAUGGGUUCCUUUAACUCUAAAUUCGUCAAUUUAGGCAAUUAACACAGCCACCAAGAAUAAAAUGUGUAUGGAUGAUUUUGUUCAAAAAAUAAACAUUCACUUGUUGAUGUUUUAUAAUGUAUUCCACAAACCCUUUUUACUGCCCAAGAAAAUAAGGCUUUAGUUUUAUUUUGAGAAACAAAAAUUUUAUGGGUAUGCACUGUAAAGAACUUGGUGGAAUAUUUAUUUUUCAAGACUCGGGUAAUGACUUUUCGUCGCUUAGCAUAUUGAACUGAUCCAAUCUCAUCGAAUUAUUCAGUUACUCUUUUCCGAGUUUGCGAGAUUAAACACUAUUAACAACCAUAUGAAAUUUUUGCACUGAGUUCGCCAAAAUUCGUUAUUGUUAAUAUAUUGGUCAAUAAUGAGAACAAGUUGCAACAUGUAACAUUUUUACUAAUCCCAAACUCUUAACUGUCAUAUUCUUAGGGUUGUCAAGAGUGAUACAAAUAGGGCACUCUAACUACUAGUGCAGAAAGUUUUGCACCAAUACAAUAAAAUACUACUACUUGAAUGAAAUUUCAUACUUAAAAGACAACCACCAGCUAAAUUUUAUUCUGGUUGUAAGAGAAAGAUUAUUUUUGAGAAGCCAUAUAUCUUUUAAGUUUGCUACAUCAUUUUUCGUUUAAAUCGUUGUUCUACUAUAAUACGAUAUAUCCAUCCAAAUAUUAAGGGCUCAAAAUUGUUUUCGGUAGCAUAAAAGGCACUAUGUAUGUUGUAAACUUUCAAGUAAUAACAUAUUUUUGCAGGACACUCACUGUUCUAUAAAUUUACGUGGAUAACAUUUUGUUAAUGAUGUCAAAUUGUUAAACACUUUUCCUGUGUAGCACAGGUAAUCCAAAUAUUUAUAGGAAAUUCGUCCUGUAAAGUCUUGGAUGAGAAAGAAAGGAAACAGCAGAAUGAUUUGUGAUUUUGCGUUUCUUCUGUAUAUCACUAAUCCGCCUAAUCUGGAAUUUCCUUUUUUUAUUAGUGAAAUUCUGAGGUUAGAACCGCUCCGAGUCGUGAAUGAAUGUUUUUAUAUUAAUAGGAAAAUACCACAGACAAGAUAAUAUAUAACUGAAAAAUCUGUUAAAUCAUUGCCUUUUAUAAUUUCAAUUUUUCAGGGCACAAUUUUAAAGCAUUGAUGUAGCAUUUUGAUUUCCCUUGAGCUGUCUUAGACUUCUGUAAAGCUAUUACUGCUCUUUGUUUAAUGGCGGUAACUAGCUGGAGGCACAAAUUUUAUUCUAAAUAUUCAUUGAAUACGGCAUAUAUUUUUGAUUUGUUGUUGCAUUAUAUAAAUAUACAUCUAAACUGGGAAAUAUCUACCGGAUAGGUGAUUGUGCAGUUUUUUCAAAAUGUAGUUUAGAAUUGUCAUUUUUUUAUUGUUAAUGAUUUACAAGCGUAUGGUGUAUGAAUACUAUAGCAACAUAUAUGUUAUAUUGUAAUGUACCUAAUAAAAUAAUUUAAACAUAAAUGUGUUAAUGAUUU